AUGGAAUCCAUGGAAUCAUCAGACUCCGAGUCCGUGGCGUGUGUACGGCAAGCUGCGGAGCAGUUCGUUGCCGGAGUGAUCUCCAGAAUGGAACCAGAGCGACCCGACAUCAUUCAAGCGGUGGCUGCAUGGCAAGCCCUCACUGGCCUGGGCCGCGCUUUUCGUCGCAAGGCUCGUCGCGGCCAAAGCCGCGCAAGCUUCCGCACCGAGCGUCUAGAUGAGUUUUGGAGUCAUAGCUGGCACGGAAGCCAGUGGAAAAAGAUCUGCACGGCCAUCUACUUGAACAACUCUUUCUGCGCGUCGCUGCUCGCCACCCUCGGCUCGCUCGCCAUGUGCCUGCUUGUCGGGUUUCGCGUCUUGCCAAUCCCACGGUUUCAGCAGGCGCCGAAAAAAUAUCCACAAGACUCCUGCGUCUGCACGGUCGUGGGCUUCUUCUUGUACUGCUUCUUUCUGAUUUCUUGGCGGCCGUGGCAACGCAUCUUUCUGGACAUUCUGUGUAUAGAUCAAGAUGAUUCGGAGAGGAAGACGGCCGCUCUUGUCAGCAUGGGGGCCUUCCUUAAGGUCUCCGACUCGCUCCUUGUGCUCUGGGAUCCGUCGUAUACUCGUCGCCUCUGGUGUGUGUUUGAAAUGGCUGGUUUUCUGCAUAGCCGCGGGGCCAACCGGCCGGCUAAGCUCACCAUUCGACCGACAGUUCUGGGACCUUUUUUCAUCUCACUGCCCAUCGCCCUGUCGGUGGUGCUGCUUGCCAUCGCAUUUCUCCCGCCGAUUGUCAUGAGGCAUGCAAGAGUGAUCUUCCUGCCCAUGGCUCUGUUGGCCUUCGUAGGGUUUUAUGUGAGCGUGGCAGCGCUGCGCGGGUACUACCGGUCUGUGAAGCUCCUGGAGACAGAGCUCGCAAAUUUCACCGUCGCAGAAAGCUGCUGCUGGUGCUGCAAUACGUUGACAGACCAUACCUGCGAAGGCAAGGAGGUGAUCUGUGACCGACAGGUUGUUUUUCGCUGUAUUGUCAUGUGGUUUGGCACCAUCGAAAGCUUUGAGGAACGAGUGCGCACAGAGGUGCUGGACUGUCUGGCUGACCAGCUGUCGAAGAAUGUCUUCACGUAUAAGCAAUGUGCAGCUGCUUCUCUGCCCUUGUUCUGGUAUCACAUGGACCGCGUAGUGACCCGAGCUGUGGAGGGGUCGAGGCACUCAGCGAUCCGGGAACUCGCCCGCGGAACCGCCUGGGCUUUCGGGGUUUUGCCGGUGAUCUUCUUCAUUGCAUCUACGCUUGCGUUCUUGCUGCGGCGCCAGUACUGCGGCUGCUGCAGCGGAGUUGUGAUGAAUUGCUUGAUCCUUGUGAUCGUGGUGGCUGCCUUCGUCGGCUUGCUCGAAUUGGAGCUGCUAUGUUGGGCAGUGGACAUUGUGGAAAACGGCAACAAAUUGUACGACCUGCUUCCAGGCUCCUGUUUUUUCAUGUGCGCCAUGCUCUCGGUCGCAGCGUUGGUCUUCGCCUGCAAGAGGAACCUGGUGAUCGUUGCACAGCUUCGCCGUCGAGAUCGCAAGUAG